AUGGAAUAUGUAUUGAAAAAGAAAUUAUUAACUUUUCAAAUGUCUCUGACGGGGAAAAAAAAGUCAAAAGAUGGCCAUAGAAGUUACUAUGAGUGUGGUCGAACAGGUGUUCAUAAAGAAAUUGAUAGUAUUAAAAGAUCAAUAAAAUCACAAGGUAGUAAAAAAAUUAAUACCAACUGUACAAGUCACAUAAUAUUAUUUGAGCAUUUAAAUAAAAGUAGUUGUGAAGUAAUAUUCUAUAAAUAUCACUAUGGCCACCAAGAAAGUGAACUUCAACAUAUUAGUUUACCAAUUACUAAAAAGCAUGAAAUAGCAACUAAAUUAUCGCAAGGCGUGACGAUGGAAAGAAUAUUGGAUGAUUUCAGAGACAAUAUAGGGAGUAACUUAAAAAGAGAAGAUCUUAUUACACGAGCCGAUUUGCACAAUGUCAAACAAAAGUACAAUAUCACCAUACAGGAUGGUCAAUUACACAAAAAUGAUGCUACAAGAGUUGAUAUUUGGGUAGAACAGAUGAAACAAGAAGGAGAAAAUAAUCCAGUUAUAUAUUACAAAAAGUGCCCAGCUUUGCAUAAGAAAACAAUAUUAAAACUUUUGCAUUAUAUUAAUGGACCUAAGCCAAAUGCAUAUGUUAAAACAAUUUGGAAAUGGAAAAAUAGUUUGUAUUGGACACAUGGCCUUAAUGCUUAUGAUUUUGAGUUAGUUACAUUAUUAGUAGUUGAUGAUUUUGGUUCUGGAUUUCCAUGUUGUUAUAUGUUCACAAAUUUAAAGGAUACAACAAUUUACACAGUUAUGUUUUCAACUAUAAAAAGUAAAGUAGGUUUAAUAAGUCCAAUUACUUUUAUGACAGAUAUAGUUGAGACGUUUUAUUCGGCUUGGGAAAAUACAAUGGGCUCAGUACCUCACCGUUUAUUAUGUUCAUGGCAUGUAGAUAGAGCUUGGAGACAAAACAUUUGCAAGAUAACUGGACCUACACGCAAAGAAAAACAAGGAAUUAUAUAUAAAACUCUAAAAGUUCUUCAAUCAAUGUGUGAUGAAAAUGAAUUUAAUAAUGCUUUAAAAGAAUUUAACCUUGAGCUAAUGAAUGAUCCAGACACUAGAGACUUUGGCAUAUAUUUUGAUCGCAUGUAUGGCAAUAGAGUUGGUUUGUGGGCAUAUUGCCAUCGAAAAGGUCUAGGUAUAAAUUGUAAUAUGCAUCUAGAAUCUAUGCACAAAACAAUAAAAUAUCAUUAUUUAAAUGGUUGCAAAGUUGGGCGGUUAGAUAAAAGUAUAACAACUAUUAGAAGAUAUACCCGUGAUAAAAAAGUUGAAAGAAUUAUAAAAUUAACUAAGGGAAAAACAAGUACAAGGAUUCAGGAAAUAAAAAAAAGACACAAUAAAAGUACAUUACUUGAACUUACAAUCAAUCUGGAUAGUGAGAAUAACUGGAGUGUUGAAAGUGAAUUUACACCAAGUCAGUUUUAUAAAAUAAAAAAAAAUAAUGAUGAUGUAUGUUGUCCAAUGAUAUGUUCUAUUUGUAAGUUGUGUGUUCACACAUUUCAAUGUUCUUGUCCUGAUUACCAAAUCAAGUCUAUGAUAUGUAAGCACAUACAUUAUGUUGCUCUGAAGACAAUGUCAACAGAAAAUUCUGAAGAUAUUGCUAUUUUGUCAGCAGCAGAUACAGAAAAUAUAAAUUUUGAUGCAACUUCAAACAAAGAUGAUGAAAUACAACUUUUAGAUUUCUACUACCAAGCUUCAUACGUGCCAUGGCCCCAAAUUAAUUUGAUAUACAGAGUGAAAUACUUGAAUAUUUUUGGAAUGAACAAUGGGAUAACUGCUAUUCGUAGACUGUUUAAAGAAUUGAAUAGUAUAAGUCCGUCUUGUAAACAAUUAUACAUUGAAAUGAUUUCUUAUGAACAAUCCUUGAGUUCUGUCAACAUAACACAAGUCAGUAAAUUGUACAACGAAGUAUGCUAUAACUUGGGACAUGGUGAUGUUGAGUUGUGGGCUCAUUAUAUUCGAUUUGAGUACAUGCAUAUUGAACGAUAUACAGCAAAGAAUAUUUACAAAUCAUCUUUGGAAUAUUUGGGACCAGAGUUAUUUGGCGUUUUGACAACAGAGUUUGGAAAUAUCAAAAGUGAAUAUGAGUAUGUAUACAACUGA